UUAUAUAGCUGGCGUGAGUCACGUGACUAUACCGUCUCUUCCUCGCGCCAGAGCGCACAGCCGGUCACAACAAGCUGCGAGCUCCCACGUUUCCUUCACGUUUAGGACAUACAUAUUGAAUGGGAGAAACGGACUAACACCGACAUGCUUCGUAAGGAGAGGAGGCUGAAGCAGCAACAGAAAGAGCUACGUGAGGCAGCUAAAGGCAGUGGGUCCCUCACCAGCUGGAUAAAAACAGAGUACAGUCUGAGAUCAACACAGCCUUGCCCUCCAGCAUCAUCAGCAGCAGCAAGAGGAGCGACCCUGCAACAGCUACACUGUACCCCAUCAUCAGGCUGCAACGUUCCCUGUAAGUUGACUUCCGACCAGCUGGAAGUUUUGUGUCGCUCGGAAAAGCUUCACUGUCGGGAUCUGGGAGUGAGAAAAGCCAACCUGAAUGAUUAUGAGGUGGAGUUCCUUUGUGACUACAAGAGGAGCAAGGAGGAGCUCUAUUUGGUGAAGUGGAAAGGCUUUCCUGAAUCCGAUAAUAGCUGGGAACCCAAGAGGAACCUCAAAUGUCCGGAACUGAUGAAAGUGUUCCACCUGGACCUAGAUCAGAUGCUAAAACGGCAAAAGAGACGCGGCCUUCCCAAAAAGUUGGAUAAGGAGGUUUCAUUGUUCCUGGUUCAGAAAGCCAAACUACGCCAGAGACUGCAGAGAUGGGAAGCCCAUUUGAAUCAGAUUCGCAACCACCCAGGCCGUAUUUUUGUCAAAAAUGAAGUGGAUUUAGAAGGUCCUCCUAAAACCUUUACUUACAUUAACAACUACAAAGUUGGCCCAGGCAUUGUGUUGGAUGAGAUGGCUGUGGGUUGUGAAUGUAAGAAUUGUUUCGAAGAGCCGGUGAAUGGCUGCUGCCCUGGAGCCUCCUUGCAUCGCAUGGCCUACAAUGACAAGGGUCAGGUCCGAAUCCAGCCGGGAAAGCCCAUAUAUGAAUGUAAUACCCAGUGCAACUGUGGGCAAGACUGUCCCAACAGAGUGGUGCAAAAGGGGAUUCAGUUUGACUUAUGCAUCUUUAAGACGGACAACGGCCGUGGUUGGGGUGUCCGCACACUGCAGCACAUCAAGAAGAACACAUUUGUCAUGGAGUACGUGGGAGAGAUCAUUACAACUGAUGAAGCGGAGAAGCGAGGCCAUUUUUAUGACUGCCAGGGCUCUACCUACCUUUUUGACCUUGACUAUGUGGAUGAUGUGUACACGGUGGAUGCAGCUAACCUGGGAAACAUUUCUCACUUUGUCAACCACAGUUGUAAUCCCAACCUGCAGGUGUUCAAUGUGUUUAUUGACAACAUAGAUGAGCGACUUCCACGAAUUGCCUUGUUUUCCACACGAGCUAUUCGGGCAGGAGAGGAGCUCACCUUUGACUACAAAAUACAAAUUGACCCAGUGGACACAGAAAGCACCAAAAUGGACUCCAGUUUCAGCCUAGCGAGACUUCCAACCUCCCCCAAGAAAAGACUUCGAGUGGAGUGUCGAUGUGGAUCGGAAUCAUGUCGAAAAUAUCUCUUCUGAUGUGGGACCUCGGAGAGCUUUGUGUAUUCUUUUAUGCCCCUCCCACUCAGUGCAACCCACCGCAUACAUUCUAAAUUGAGCUUAAUAGUUUGUGGGUUGUGUGUUGUUAACAAAAAUGGUGACUUAGCUUUCUUUUUUAAAAUAUAAAUGAGAAUUUUUUGAUUGUAUAAUAUUUACAAGUAAAAGGUUUGCAGCUAUGUUAAACUCCACUUUAGAGAAACUGGGGUCAUUUGUUGUUGUUUUUAUGAGCAGAGACAUUGGUUUUUAUUGGGUUUAAGUUGGAAAGGCUUGGUAUCAGACCCCAUUCUUUUCUCAUAGUCUUUGUGGCCAGUUUAGCAUUAUUUUUUUUUAAACUGAAGAUUUAAUGUAGUUUUCAUUAUCUUUUAAUUUUCGUUGAUGUUUUAGACAAACUGACCUUACCAAGGAUGACACCGGACAGGCCAUGUUUGAUGUUACUUAGUGUGCUUAUUCAUUUGUAAUGAUGUUGUUUUCUCUUUCUUUUUCCCAUUGGUUUGGCCUCUGAUGCUGAAUCUGACUGUGCUAAGAGUUUUUGUAGGUUUAUUGCAGACUAAAGUGGAAGGUCUUACAACUAUCCUACUGGCUCCUAAACUAAACUUUGAUUAAAAUGCCUUCAGAACUGGAGAAACUAAAGUCCUGCUACUCCAGUAAGUAAUUCACAUUCCUGCCUGUUGCCCAUCAUUUUUUUAAGUGAAAGGAUAGAAUGAUAUUUGUUUUGGUCCAACCUUUUAAACGCUGCCCUGAUCUAGCUCAGGUAUGUGAUGUGCAUGUUUAUUGCAUUAAAUUGUCCAAAUGUAGCUAAAUAUUUGUUUGCUAAUGGUGAUUAGCUGUGAUAAAAUCUUAAAUAAGGUUCACCAAUUAUCACUUUUCACAGAAAUCUGUCCAGAUGUUUAACUAAAAGACAGGUAAAAACAUCAUUCAAUUUCAAUUCAAUUUUAUUUAUAAAGCGCCAAAUCAUGGCAAGAGUCGUCUCAAGGCACUUCACAUAAUAAACAUUCCAAUCCAGGUCAGUUCAUUAAGCCAAUCAGAAAAAAUGUUUCCUAUAUAAGGAACCCAGCAAAUUGCAUCAGUGACUUUACAGCAAACCUCAUACUAAGCAAGCAUAUAGCGACAGUGGAGAGGAAAACUCCCUAUUAACAGGAAGAAACCUCCAGAGGAUCCUGGCUCAGUAUAAGCAGCCAUCCUCCACGACUCACUGGGGAUCGAGAAGACAGAGCAGACACGCACACACACCAAGCAAUGUGUCUGGUUACAUUGUGAUUUCUUAGUAAAUAUUCUAUUUGGCGAGAGAUAAACUUUUAUUGUAUUUAUCCUAGUGAAUCUAUAAUUAAACGGGUAAAUUAGCAGUAGCACAUCCAACGUCAAGGAAAGCAAAAAGCCCCCUCCAUGAGGCCACCACAGCUCAGCAGAACAUCAUUGUAGCUUCUUCUGGGGAGAAAAACACUUAGAGAAAAAAUAAAGUUAACAGCUGAAAUUGCAGAAAAUAAUACAGUUGAAGAGCAGAUUGUAGAAGAAAGUAGUCGAGUGUGAAAAGUGGUCAGUGUGUCCUCCAGCAGUCAAAGCCUAUAGCAGCAUAACUACAGAGAUAACUCUGGAUGACCUAGCCGUUUAGAUGGAGGCAUGUUGGAGGCAGGGCAAGGGAGAGCCGUCUUUACCGACUGUACACUCCACCUCCCUCUACUCCCCUACUUGUCCAGAUCUAGACUAACAUCAGAUUUUAACCAUAGGCCCAAUCAAAUAAAAAUGUUUUAAGCCUAGUCUUAAAUGUAGACAAGGUGUCUGCCUCACGGACUAAAGCUGGGAGCUGGUUCCACAGGAGAGGAGCCUGAUAACUAAAAGAUCUGCCUCCCAUCCUAACUUUAGAUAUUCUGGGAACCACCAGUAAACCUGCAGUCUGAGAGCGAGGUGCUCAGUUAGGAACAUAUAGAACAAUCAGAUCACUGAUGUAUGAUGGAGCUUCAUUAUUAAGAGCUUUAUAUGUGAGAAGAAGGAUCUUAAAAUCUAUUCUGAAUUUAACAGGUAGCCAAUGUAGGGAAGCUACGACGGGAGAGAUAUGACCUCUUUUUAAUUCUCAUCAGAACUCUAGCUGCAGCAUUUUGGACAAGAUGAAGACUUUUAACUACAUUCUGUGGACUUCCUGAGAGUAAUGAAUUACAGUAAUCCAGUCUUGAUGUAAUAAAUGCAUGAACUAGUUUUUCAGCAUCACUCCUGGAAAGGAUGCUUCUAAUCUUAGCAAUAUUCCGAAGGUGGAAAAAGGAAAUCCUACAAACUUGUGAAACCUGGGAUUUGAAUGACAUGUCCUGGUCGAAGAUAACACCAAGGUUCCUUACUUGGUUCUCGGAGAUAAACAUAGUGCCAUGCAGGUCAGGUGAUUGACUAAGCAAUUUCCUUUUCAGGAUUUCUGGUCCAAAGAUGAGAACUUUUGUCUUGUCUUGAUUUAAAAGCAAAAAGUUUAGAGUCGUCCAAUUUUUUAUGUCCUCAAGACAAGCCUGUAAUUUACCUAACCGAUUAGGUUCAUCAGGGUUAACGGAUAGAUAUAACGGAGUAUUGUCAGCAUAACGGUGAAAGUUUAUCCCAUGCUGUCCAAUGAUUUUACCAAUUGGGAGCAUAUAUAUAGUAAAAAUAAUUGGUCCAAGCACUGAACCCUGUGGUACUCCACAAGUAACCCUGGAGUAUGAAGAAGAUUUGUCAUGUACAUUUAUAAAAUUAAAUCUAUCAGACAGGUAGGAUGUAAACCAGCCUAGCGCUGUUUCUUUUGAUUCCUACAACAUGUUCAAGUCUUUCUAAAAGAACAUUGUGAUCAACUGUGUCAAAGGCAGCACUGAGAUCUAACAAGACUAGAACAGACACAAGAUUCUUAUCUGAGGCCAUGAGAAUAUCAUUUGUAACUCUCACUAAUGCAGUUUCAGUGCUGUGAUACUCUCUAAAACCAGACUGAAAUUCCUCAAACAGAGCAUUAGUGUUUAAAUGCUCACAUACUUGGAUGGCCACUAUUUUCUCCAGGACUUUGGAUAAAAAUGGAAGGUUAGAUAUUGGUCUGUAAUUCAUUGGGUCAUCUGGAUCCAGGGGAGGCUUCUUAAGUGAAGGUUUGAUUACAGCAACCUUCAAAUCCUGUGGUACAUAUCCAUUUACUAAGGAUAGAUUGAUUAUAUCUAGAAUGGGGGCAGUAACCAAAGGAAAUGCUUCUUUAAAUAAUUUGGUUGGGAUUGGAUCCAAAAUGCAAGUUGAAGGUUUAGAUGAAGCUAAUAUUUCUGAUAACUCUGAAAGCUCAACUGGAUCAAAACGGUUCAAGCACAGAUGAGGUUCUACAGUCACUUCUGAUGCUGCCUCACUUACUGAGGAAGAAGAAAUUGCAUUAGGGAGGAUGCUAAAGAUUUUGUUUCUAAUAGAAUUAAUUUUACUUGUGAAAAAUCCCAUAAAGUCAUUGCUGCUGAGGGCUAAGGGAAUAGAUGGCUCAGAGCUAUGAUUCUGUGUAAGUUUAGCAACUGUACUGAAAAGAAAUUUAGGAUUAUGCUUAUUCUCCUCAAUUAACGCUGAGAAAUAAGCAGUUCUAGUUUGUCGAAGCUUAUGUUUAUAAAGCACAAGACUAUUUUUCCAGGAUAGGUAGGCCUCCUCAUGGUGCAUAGAGCGCCAUGUUCUCUCCAAUUUCCUAGAGUUUUGUUUUAAGGCUCGUAAAUGAGAAUUAAACCAGGGAGCCAACUUCCUGUCCCUAAUUACCUUCUUUUUUAAAGGGGCAACAUCAUCUAAUGCCACACGUAAAGAGGAAUUAACAUGAUGAACUAAGGCAUCAAUUUGUGAGGGGCUAGAACUGAAAAUAUUGCCCUCUGCUACGUUUCUCUGAGAUGCUGAGGACAGUAAAGAUGGAACAGUUGAUUUAAAAGAUGCAACUGCGUUGUCAGAUAGAGACCGACUAUAGUGAAAUUUACUUUUAUGUCUCGAAAACUCAGUUAUAAAAAACUCAAAGGUUAUCAGAAAGUGGUCCGAGAGGACUGGAUUAUGUGGAAAGAUUGUUAUUUCCUCACACUCUAUGCCAUAAGUCAGCACAAGGUUGAAUGUAUGAUGGCAGGAGUGGGUGGAGCUAUGUAUUCUUUGAGUAAAACCAAUUGAGUCUAAGAUAUUACUAAAGGCUACAUUGAGGCUAUCAUUUUCAAUGUCCACAUGAAUAUUAAAAUCCCCCACUACAAUGACCUUAUCAGUAUUUAGCACCAAAUCAGAUAAAAAAUCAGAGAUCUGGUCCAAAAACUCAGAGUAAGGGCCUGGUGGACGAUAUAAAACUACAAACAAGAGUGGUUUUACAGUUUUGCAAUCUGGAUUAGGAAAACUAAGAAUAAGAUGUUCAAAUGAACUGUAACUAUUAAUCUGUAAGGGACUGAUUAAUAAAUCUGAAUGAAAAAUGUUUGCUACUCCUCCUCCUCGCCCUGUACUUCGAGCAAUAUGAUGAUUUAAAUAAUUAGAAGUCGACUCGUUUAAGCUAACAUAGUCCUCUUGCUGCAGCCAGGAUUCUGUGAGAGAGAGCAAAGAGAUCUGAUGAUCACAAAUCAAGUCAUGAACUAACAAAAUCUUAGAAAAAAUGGAUCAACAACCCACAUUUAAUUUUUCUAAUUUUCUGCUCAGUUGAAUUUGUUCUAAUAUUUAUGAGAUUUUCAUGAUUUGCUUUAUUAAACCUGAUAUUUAAUCUG